UCCCGGGUGACUGACGGCGACGGCGACCAAUGGCGGGUCGGCACCCCGCCGUCAGGGAGGGUCGGCAAAUUGCCCGGCGGCGGUGUCUUGCGGGGCGGGGCGGCGGGUGAAGGGCAGGUGCCAUGUUGACAAUGAGUGGAAAUGAGCACGACUGGCUGGCUCUCAAACCCCAGGAACCUUCUCCAUCCCAGUGCUGCGGCAGCGGCUGCAAACCCUGCAUCUAUGAUGUGUAUGAGAAGGAGCUUGCACAAUGGGAGAGGGCCAAAGCAAAGCAAGACAAAAGCCUUCUCAUAGAAAAGAAGGAGCAGAGCAAUAAUUCAGAACUGAAUCCAGAUACAUUUACUGCAUUCAGCAUAAGCUCGGUGGAGCAGCUAACAGAGGACACCUACCAGUACAAAUUUGAAUUACCGGGAAAUAGCAGUCUGCGAUUGAGUUUAGGACAACAUAUCGUGUUAAGAGGAGUGGUGAAUGGUUUGGAGGUCCAGCGAGCCUAUACUCCGAUUAGGAAUGCAGAAGGUUACUUUGAAGUUUUAAUGAAAUGCUAUGAAGCUGGGUUAAUGUCACAAUACAUAAAAACGUGGAAAAAAGGAGACACGGUCUUUUGGCGUGGGCCGUUUGGAGGGUUCCCGUAUCGACCUAAUAAGCAUGGAGAACUCCUCAUGCUGGCAUCUGGUACUGGCCUCGCACCAAUGCUUCCCAUCCUCCAGUCUAUAACAGAUGAUGAAGAGGAUGAAACCUUUGUGACUCUUGUUGGUUGCUUCCAUACCUUUGACAAAAUUUAUUUGAAACCACUUCUCCAGGAUCUGGCUCGAUACUGGAACAUCAGAAUAUUUUACGUCCUAAGCCAGGAAACUUCACUGGAAAAACUUCCAUGGAGCUAUCAGGAAAACACAUUCACUGGUCGUCUCAAUGAAGACUUGAUGAAGACGAUAAUAAAUUCCUGUCGAAGAAGACCAUUUGUAUUAAUCUGUGGCUCUUCUGCAUUCAGUGAAGAUAUGAGUAGAUACUUGAAGGCUGUGGGAAUUGAAGAAAAUUCCUGUUUUGUCUUUUAGCAAGAUAUUCCUGACCUGAGGAACCUUAGGCCAAGGCUUAGACAUCCUUGUUUCUCUGCAGACAUUGCUCAAAAUCAGUCAUCUCAACAGACUGAGUUCCUUGUGCAUAUACUUUUUUAGGUCUUUGGAUCAAAUAUUUUCCUCCAGUAUGACUUUCACUCUUGAGUGUUUUAAGGAAUGGGUGCCAUUCCAGAGUGGCUGCCAUGUGGUAUGCCUCUCAUACCUCAGGGAACAGCGUGGUAAUUUUAAUGGAAGUCUUCACAGGACAUUUUGAAAGACAUCUCGUAAGGGUACCGAGAAGCAUCCAGGUACACAGCUUUGUUGUGUAUAUGUGUAGUAUGAAGAUAGGUGAUGUGCUUCACAGUCCAUGUUAGUUGCAGUGGUACUGUGCCCUGUGAGGUGUCUAGAGGAGAGACUUCAUCCUCAGGGAGAAGCCUGCCUGGCCGAGGGAAUAGCAGAGCACUGGCCCAGCACUCUGAAGUAGCUGGAGUUCAUUUUGAUUGUGUCAUUGUCUUGCUGGGUGGUGCCAGGUGAGUCACUUCAACCUCUCAGUGCCUCAGUUGCCCCAUUGUACACUAAUACAGAGAAGGUGGCACUGAUAUUCUCUGAAAAGAACCUAUGCAUAAGGAUGGAAUUAUACAUGAUGCCCAGUGAGGACUUAGGCAGGCUGUCCUCCUGUCCUAGCACAGCCUGCAUUACCUACCCUGGUCCUUAAACCUUGAAAUACUGCCUGGGGAGAGAAAGAGCAUGUCCUAAAACUGAAAGAAAGUGUCUGGGUUGUAGCUGCUAUCUGUCAGGGAGGAUGGUUGUUUGCUUUCCAUGUCCCCUAAGUGUUGUGUAAUAGCCCUGGUUCAUUAAAUUGAACCUCUUUUCAAAUA